GCACCAAAAGGGUCCUUGCAUCUUAGGGUAAAUAUUUAUAGGGAGGCCUCUGUGUGGAUUAAUAUGCACCUUUUCUUACACAACAGACACACUGGGUGGAGAAUGGUGUGGGAAUUGAGAGAAGCUACGGCGGCGGAGGAUGGAGGUGGGAUCAGUGGCAUGAUCAGUGGUGUUUAUCUGGUCAUUUGGGCAGCUCUGCUCAGCCUCUGUAUAAUCUCGGCCAUGAUCUUCUCCUGUGAGCAGGGGAUGUCCAAGAACGACAGAACCGGAGAUUCGAAUCUUUACGGUGGAGGGUGUGCUGCUGGCUGCGGUGGCGCAGAAUGUGGUGCAGGCUGUGGAGGAUAAUUCCUAGUAUACUCACUUCACUUCUUUUUCCGAUAAAUUCCAAUAACCUUGGUUAGUUCUUACGGCAGCUAUCCAGUACAAUUUUUGCAAAUGAAAAUUACGGCCGAAUGAUCCUGAGAAUAAUAGUAGACCAAUAAAUCAUCCUGUUUCUCUCUUAAAAGAGAAAAUCAUGUAAAAUUCAACAUUUUACCUUUUUUAUACAUUAAAAAUUAAUUACUUAG